AACACAGUCGAACAGUUGAAUUCAAUCGCAUGUACGACAGAGAUUCCUUACAAAAUCCCGCGAAAUCCACCCUGCAAAAGUGACAAACACAUCGCAGCUUUUGUUCCACCAUGGCUGACUUUUCAAAGACUCGCGUAAAUGGUUCCAUGCUUCCAUCUUUUCAAGGACGGAAUGUGUGCGUAUUAGGGAUGGCCAAAGAUGUUGACCAAAACGGACAGGCAUUCACACUGACAACAAGUGAUGGUCAAGAUAUACGGGUCAACACGCAGGAACCGUUGAGUGAAUAUGUUGCUGGCCUGACAGAGGUCGAAGGUCAGGUUGUGUCUAACAAUGCCAUUUCCUGUCAAAACUACAUCACCUUCCCCCAGGAAACCUCCGACGCAUUUGAUAUGAAGCUGUACAACAAUGCUGUUGAACUUAGUGCCCGAUUUUCUAAUCACUACAUCGUAGGUGUACAGGGAUAAGUAUGACCGGUGGACUAACAUAGAUACUGUUUCAUGGAGGUGAUCAGAUCAACUGCCUGACACAUUACCACAUCACUACAUCGUAGGUGUACAAGAAUAAGUAUGACCGGUGGACCCACAUAGAUACUGUUUCAUCGAGGUGAUCAGAUCAACUGCCCGACACAUCACUACAGAGAUUGUCCUUCUGUGAAUGGCUUCACAAAAAAACACUCGUUUGUACCAGUUACAAUAAUUAGAUGUGUAAAACAAAUCUUGAAAAAUAACAUGUGCUAGUAAUUAUUAUGGACUGAAUAUCAACACACUUUGUGAUUUGCUGGACAAAGAGUUCGUUGGAACAGUGAAAAAGAGAACAGAUACAAUUUGAUAUGAUGUGUUUGUACAGUUUAAGAGCAGUGUUUUUUCAUUACAUUUGUAACUAUUGUGUAAAUAAACUUAUUUUUUAACAGGA